AUGGGUCCAUGGCGUUAUUUUGUUCUACAGGGUGCACGGUUACGAUGGUAUCGUACUCAAGACUGUGCCAAGACGGAUUCGGAAUUACGUGGUGAAAUUUGGGUUCAAAAUCUGGAAAAAUGGGACGGACGUGGACCAUUUGCCAAGACGUAUUUCCAUCCAUUUGCUAUUCGGACAACAUCUCGACGGCUUUUCUUAUGCUCAGCUGAAACGGAACAGGAUCGAGACCUUUGGAUCUAUCACUUAAAACGUGCUGUACAAUGUGGUACCAAGAAUUCAAUGGAUACUGCUCCUUUACAGACAACAAUGGAAGAAAGUAGACGUCGGAUUGCUCCAGGAGAUCAAAGAAUACCAACCGACGUCUUGUCAUUAUCGUCCUCUUUACCCAUGCCAUGUGCAUUUCCAGGUCAACAACGUUCAGAUGAUUUUACAUGCAUUUCAUCUGCCCCAUCGGCUUUAACGUACGGACCAUCAAUGGCACUGGGAGAUGCAGGAUGUACUGAAUGUUUCGUACGCUUUCGUCCACUUAUAGUACGUCGUGUCGUGUGUAGUUCAUGUGCACGCGCGUUUUGUGCAAAACACUGUAGUCAUGCGAUUCGCUUGCAGCAUCUUGGACUACAAGCAGCUCGACGAUGUUGUGAUCAUUGUACAAGGAGACAAGAGUUUAUUGGGCAUUUGGGUACGAUGAAGCGGCUUUUAGGACCCAUGACUAGUCGAGGCAUUGCAAUGGAUGCUCUUGUCGCUAGAAAAGAUGCGCGGAGGAAUCCGGGAGAUGACAGGUUUGCACGGACAUUGUCCAAACUUCAGCACGGACCAAUGACGUUUAAUCGCACGAUCAAAAUUCUGUACCAGACGAGAAACAAGCCGCAUCUCUUCCGAGCGGCGUGCGAACGACUGCCGUUCUACACGGAGACAUGUGUAGACCGAGUUGAGAACCUCUGGUAUCAGUUGCUGCAUCUUGUGCAGUGCUUGAAUGCGGAACCAGCUCCGCGCUGUACUACCCAGCUCUUCUAUUUGCAGCGCUACAUCCGUGCCAUUUGUCGUCGGUGCCCUCGCAUCGCACUGCAAACUAUUUGGCACGUCCAAGCCGCUGUGGGGGACGGUAAAAGCCACAAUCUCCACCCACACACAUUGCUUGCACUGCUUGGUUUCAUCUAUCCAGAUAUUACGUUGCCGGAGACUUCGCACAUGUUUAACGUGUGGAAAGACCUUGUAUUUGCCGACUGUCCUGAACACCAGCUAGCUCAGAUCCUGGCUGAUCUGCGCCAAAUUAAUGCCGACAUGGAAAAGCUCAUCACGCUGGAACCUCAAUCCAUGAUAGAGCGAUGGUUAAAUGCCAAGACUGUAGCACAGUUUGAGAAUUGUGCUGCAGAGUUGGCAGAAUCGGGCAUCGAGUUGUGCGAAUUCCAAUCCAGUAUACUUUACGAUUCGUUGGAAGUAGAUAAGAGCAAUUUAUCGGACGAUUUGCUGGGCACUGGACUUGAAUCGCUAGUUCUUGAGCAAGUGAGUUUUGUACAGUCGCUGGCAGCCAUUAGUGAGCGGCUGCGUCACAUUCAACCUGUAUCAGACCGUGGCAAGUACUUGGCUGGCGAGUUGGAGAUACUAAACAACACGCUCCAAUCCUCGGCUCUUUAUCCGCUGAGCGCGGCAUCCGAUGAGCUAUACCAAGUAGUGCGCAUCCCACCACACGAAGGCAAAGUCUUCUCAACAAAGAUGCGUGCUCCAACUCUCAUCUUUGUCGAGACCAUUCCAGUGCAAAGGGCUGACGCGUUUGGUCUCGAUGCCUAUGAUGCCGAUCGUCUUCGUCCAUUUGUGUUCAGCUCUCAGCCUCGCAACUCCACCUUCUUUGAGUCUGUAGUUUUUGAUGAAAUUGAAGCCUCAGGUGUGUCGUUAAGUGGAGAUACCAUGAUGUCCCCGUGCACCAGCUCGAGACUAGCGACACAUACGCCGACGAGCACAUUGACUGGGUAUGUGAGCUGUCCCGGUGAUAUGGUUCCACAGCAGGCAUGCAGUCAUUCGGCUAACGUCUCCAAGAGGGUAACUGAUAAACAAGCCAGUGGUCCUGGCUGUAAUGGAGGUCCGCAAAUGCAUCAACCUAAGAACGGACGAGAAGCAUCUGCUUUUGUGAAUGGCAAGCGCCGCACGGGUCGUGGUAGUAAAAUGGGUGGUGGGGCACGUACUGGACAUUCGGGCGUCGAAAACUUUGUAUAUGACAGUAAAGUGUUUGGUGAGAGUUGGGAGGAACGCAAGGCGCGUAUCCAAAAGGAGUCGCCAAUGGGCAAAUUGCCUGGGUGGAACCUUUUUUCUGUGAUCAUCAAGACAAACGAUGAUUUGCGUCAGGAGGUGUUUACAAUGCAGCUUAUCCACAAACUUAAGUCAAUCUUUGAGUUUGAGGCUCCACACUUAUGGCUACGCACCUACAGAAUUGUUGCAACUGGAGCCAACAUUGGUCUACUCGAAACGAUUACCGAUGCUUGUUCAUUGGACCACCUCAAAAAGACGUUUCCAGGUGGAAAUUUGUUGGAAUACUUUCAUAGUGUAUACGGCGAUUCGUCCAGUCCCGAGUUUGUUGCUGCGCAGCACCGCUUCAUCGAAAGCAUGGCCGCGUAUUCGAUUGUGAGCUACGUACUGUUGCUCAAAGAUCGUCACAAUGGCAACAUCUUGCUGAGUUCGGAGGGCCGAGUAAUUCAUAUUGAUUUCGGCUUUAUUCUAGGUAUUGCACCUGGUGGUAUGUUCAGCGUCGAAGAUGCCCCGUUCAAGUUGACGAAGGAGAUGGUUGAUGUAAUGGGAGGCACGGAAUCUUUUGGAUACAAGCACUUCCGUAACUGUCUGUUUGAGGGUUUAGUGGUUCUUCAAAAAUACCAGUCUGAGAUUGUUGCGAUGCUGCAGACUACAGGGCAGCACUCUCCAUUUCCUUGUUUUCACGGCACAAAGGUUGCACGUAUUAUCGCUGACCUGCGUGUACGAUUAUGCGUUGGACUUUCGCGACGAGAAAUUUCCCAUCGUGUGGUACAGCUGCUACGCAAGAGUUACAACGCUUGGGGGACUCGACAAUACGAUUCGUUUCAGUUGCGAAGCAACAACAUCCAUCCGUAG